AUAGAAAAUGUCAAAUACGACAAAUACGUCAAAUAGUGACAUAGUGUAAAUACAUAUUUUUUCUUUCUCAUACACAUUAUAUUUACUCAUAGUCGUGAUGAGUCGUGCAAAGAGAAUACGUAUUGAGGAAGAUCAACAAGUCUCUGCAGAUGAUGUUGAGGAGAAAAUGGAUCUCAUCAACUCUCUUGAUAAUGAUUCAUUAGCACAAAUAUUCAUGCUGCUGCCAAUAUCGGAGAGAAUAACUAUGAGUGAAGUUUGUUCCAAAUGGAAAGAGGCCUGUCAACUAGCUUGGCAUGACAUUAAAAAAUACAAAUGUAGUGAUGCAAUUGUUCGUGGUUAUGAAAAAUGUAUUUUAACACAAUCAUACGUAGAAGAAGUAUUAUUCAAUUGUGGUAUUUAUUUAAAAGAAUUGAUUCUUUCAAAAGUUUGUAACUCAAGUAUCCUGCCAAUAGUUGCUGAACACUGCAAGAAUUUAACAACACUUGAAUUUGAAAUUAUCGGCGUUCAUACUUAUCAUACUGAUCACUUUGUUGAAGCAUUCACACAGUUGGAGCAAUUAAAAGUCGUUAAAAUACAUAUAUUUGGAGAUGCAUUUCAAUUUCAAAUACUGAAUAGUCUUCCAAGAGAUAUAAAUGAAAUUCAUUUAUUUUUUGGACCUCGUAAACAGGCAAAAGCGUUGGGUAUGGACCCAGAACCAUCGUGUACGAUAUUAUCUGCAUGUGAAGUGGACCCAGUCUCACCAUCACUUUUCUCGUUGGAAAGAUUUACCAAUCUUCGUAGUUUGACAAUACGUUCUUACGAUAUCACCGACAUUAUCCAAGAAAUAUCAAAAAAAACAACACUUGUUUAUCUCGAUCUUCAAGAAUGUGAGACUAAAAAUGAGAUUUUUACAUUCAAUCAACUUUCAAACUUGGAACAUCUCAACAUUAAGGACGUGUUAUUCAAGAAUAGUCAAUCGCAAAAUAGUCCAAAUCUACUCAGUGGUAUUUUUAAUGCAUGCAAAAAUCUCAAACAUCUUGAUGCACCAGGUUUUCUUGUUGAUCUGGCUAAAAUUGAAAUGGGAAACUGGGUAAACUUGAGAAACUUGGUAUAUCUAAAUAUUUGCUGGCGAGCUAGUGAUGCAAUAAUUAAAAAAAUCAUCAAGUAUUGCAAUAAUUUAGAAUUUAUAAAUGCUGAUACAUUAAAUGGUGAAUCUACUGUUAAAUUAACAAAAUUAGAAAACUUCAAGUAUUUAGAUUUUGAUUGGUCAAAUAAUAUCAAUAAAGAAGAAAUGGUUGCAAUUUUAAAUAAUUGUAAAAAAAUUAAACGUUUGGUUAUUUUCGGGGGUGAUAGAGUGGAGGCAUCAAUUUAUAAUGAUUUAUCAAAAUUGCAAUAUAUUGAAAAUUUAAAUUUGUCAUUUUGUGACAAAGUUGGAGAUAGUGCUAUUAUUGCUAUUGCUAAAAAUUGUAAGCUCUUAAAAAGUUUAAAUAUUGCAGUCUGUCCUUCCAUCACUUCAACUGCUUUUAUUGCUUUAACGAGUUUAAAAAAUUUAAAAGAACUCGAUGUUGCAGUAAAUGAUAAUGUCGAAGACAAUUUCAUUGUCAAAUUAAGAGGAAUAAAAAGUUUGAGUUGUUCUGAUUGCGGCGAACUUACUGAUGCUGGUGUCAUUCAAUUUAUAAAAAAUAAUCCAGAUCUUGAAUUUCUUGAUAUCUGGGACACACAAAUUACAACUGACACAAUUAUUGCUGCAGAAGAGGUAUCUAAAAAUCGUACAAAUGAUACUUUUCUAUCUAUCAGAACUAAUGAUCCAGAUCUUAAAAGAGCUCUCAUCAAAUCUCAAUGGUUAACUCUUGAUUAGAAUGAAAUUGGAGUAUUUUUUUUUCUCAGCAGGUACAUCUUGUAUUUUUUUUCUACAUUUCUAUAAAAAAAUCAUAUUUAAAAUAAUAAAAAUUAAAACAUAAUCAUUGCAAA